CACAUGUCCCUUAUCGUUCGGUCUUUUGAGGUUUCAUUCACUCAGCCAGUGUGUGCCAGUCAACGCGGACAGACAAACGAUCGUACCGUUUCCAUCCCUGAAAAGAAUUUUCAAAAAUGGCUUUUGCUGCUGGAAAAUGGAACCUUGUCGACACCGACAAUUUUGACGCCUACAUGCAAGCAGUGGGUGUUGGGCUGGUCACAAGAAAGAUGGCGGGAGCCCUGAAGCCAACCCAGGAGGUCAAGGUCGAUGGUGAUAACUGGGAGAUUAAAACUGUCUCCACAUUCAAGAGCUCCGAGUUGAAAUUCACUGUUGGGACAACAUUUGAUGAAUCAACUCCAGAUGGCAGAAAAUGCAAGACAACAGCCACUCUGGAUGGUCAGAAACUAACAUUAGAACAAAAGGGUGAUGUCGACUCAACGAUAGUAAGAGACUACAAUAACAACGAUAUGGUUAUGACACUCACAGCAAAGGGAGUGACCUGCACACGAAAAUACCAGAGAGAAUAGCAACACCUUGAAGACAUUUUGUCAACUUACAUCAUCGACCAGUUCCUUCCUUCCAUUGAUCAGUGCAUGAGUCCUGCUGAUUGGCUGAUCAUUUGGAGAUGUGUUGGUCACGCUGAAUCACAAGAACCAUACCCCUGGAGAAGUCUUUUAUUUCCAGGAACAGGAGAAGGAUUGUAUUUCAGAAAUGUCAAUAACCUAACAACAUAUAUUUUUCACUGUUACAAGCAAUUGUGUUGUUUGACUUUAUACUUCAAGAAAAAAUGUAAAAAUGUUGAAAUUAGCAUAAUCACAAUCUACACUAUUCCAAAGUAUUUGAAUGGGUUUGACCAAGCAUGCAAAAAACAACUUGUAGAAUUAUUUUUCUGUAAUCAAUUCAUCACUCUAAUGAUUAUACUGACAAAAAAACACCAUCACCUUUCUCUGAGAUGAACUGAAAUUAAUCAGAGACCUCUUGCCAACCAAAACAGAUAUGGUUUAUUUGUCAUUUCAACAACUCUGAAGUUCAUACAGUCCUUUAAAUCUGACUGUGGCAAUGGUUGUUAUCUGAUUGGAUAAUAAUUGGUGUCUGAUGGGAUAGCAUGUGUCAUUUAUUUGGUCAGUAACUGUUGUUAUCCAAUAGGAUAAUGGUUGUUACCGAAUCGGAUAAUGGUUAUCUGAUUGGAUAAGUUGUUAUCUGAUGGGAAAAUAUGUUAUUAAAUUAGAUAAUGGUCAUUAUCUGAUUGGAUAAUGGUUGUUAACAGUUAGACCAAUGCCUGUUAUCUGAUGGCAAUGACGGUUGCUGGUUUAGAUAAAGCAUAUGGGUCUGUGAUUCAGCAUUUACCAACAGGUGAUACCUAACAAUUUCUAUGAAUUGAUGCUUCAGAAUACUGCAAACAAAUACCUGACAACUUACGAACAUUGCACAUGCUUUUUGAGGCUAUCACUGAAUUUUAUCUUGUUUUGGUUUCAUACAUUCUUCACAAUGCUUUAGUAUAGUCUACUGCAGAAUUAGUUUGUUUUCAAGUUUGGUAGAUGUAGAACUGAGACUAUUUAUUCAGCAGCUAAAGGAACUUGACCCCGUCUCAUAAAAAUGUCUAGUCAGCAUAUAUUUUAAAAAUCAAUUCACGAAGUCAAGGUUCCUUUUUACAAUAUCAUUACCAAUAUGUAAGUGUUUUAUGUUUUUACAACAAUUUUGUUAAUAUACUUUUAAUCCAACCAAAGAUAGAUAUCUUUACAAUGAGUGUUUUUUACAUCCUAUCCAUUGAUUGUUACGUUGAAGAUUUAGCAACUUGUGUGGAAAAGAAAAGGAAACACAUUUUAUUUUUAUUAACUGUGUUAUUAUUUUUACUUUUUAUGAUGAAGAAUUGAAAGAUGAAUAGUAUACAUUUGAAAGCAAUAAUUGAUUACAUUCUCAUUUAUAAGUUUUCCGUCAAGAUGUUAAAUGCUUCAAUUAAUAAUUGUGGGUAAUAUUUAAUUUUUUGUGAUGACAAAUAUAUACUUAAGUGUCUUGGUGCUUCAAAAAUGUAAGAGAGGGUUACACAGUAUUUUUUCAUUGAGCUCACUUUAGUGCAUAUAACUGUAUCCAUGGUAACAUAAUUUUUUUACAAAAUAACAGGUUUAAAUUUUUGGGCCAGUAUGGAUAUUGAAUUAGAACAGUAUUUAUUUCAGAAGGAUGUCAAAUUGUGAAUUUCUUACCAUUGUUUAUUGCUAUGUAUAGUUUUACAUAGGUUAGGAUUGUGGGAGAUUGUGAUAAAGACACCGUGUGGUGUCCCAGUAGAGAAUUGCAAGGCACAUUGUCAUGUUGGUAUCGGUUUAGCAUAUUAACUAUGGCAAUAAAAUAUUUAAUCUUA